AUGCCAUCAUCACUACCGAAACGACCACUUAGCAACCGUCCUACUUCCAUAAUCAAGAAAUGUCAAGAUCAAAACAGACCCGCGUACAUAGCUGGUCCUAUGGUUCGUUACUCUAAACUUCCGUUUCGUGAAUUAUGUCGAUUCUACAAAGUCGAUAUUGUUUAUACUCCCAUGAUUUUAGCUCGUGAAUUUGUUAGAAAUGAUAUUGCACGAUACUCUGAUUUUACCACUAAUGACAAAGACCAACCUGUUAUUGUUCAAGUUGGCGUGAGUAAUGUUGAAGAUUUCAUGAAAUUUAUUGAAAUGAUUCACCCAUAUGUUGAUGGAAUAGGGAUAAACUGUGGUUGUCCCAUACGAGACCAGAUUCGCGAAGGUAUAGGAGCAGCACUAAUGAGUAAGCCUCGACUAGUGGCUGAUUUGAUUACAACGGCAAAGGCCAAAUAUGGUGAUUCCAUAUGCAUCGAUACCAAAAUACGUAUCCAUAAUGAUAUAAACGAAACGAUAGAAUUUGUCAAGCUUAUUGAAGAAGCUGGAACCGAUAUCAUUACCAUCCAUGGUCGUACCAAAACUACGCGGUCAUCUGUUCCUGUGAAUUUAGAUGCAAUUAAAACACUACGCCAGAAUAUCAAAUCUGUUCCUGUCAUAGCCAAUGGUGAUUGUUUCACCUUGGAUGAUUGUAAUCGAAUUGCAGAAUAUACUGGAGUCGAUGGAGUCAUGUCUGCACGAGGAGUGCUAGCGAAUCCAGCUUUAUUCACCGGAUUGAAUAAGACUCCGUGGAGUGCCAUAGAGAUGUUUAUGCAUUUAACCACAAGCUAUGGCAUACCAUAUAAAUUAUCGCAAUAUCAUGUGGUGCAGUUGAUGGAGAAUAUGGAUAUACCUAGAAGGAUAAUCAAAGAGAUCAAUGAAAGCAAGAACAUGAUAGACAUAAUUGACCUACUAGACAAGUACUUUUAUCUCAAAAGAAAGCUGGAAAAGGGCUUCGCUACAGCGGUUGAGCCCAAUUGGAAAGUAUCACCAGACAGUGAAUCUGCAUAG